GGCUGCAAACCAGGAAGAAGGAGGCUGUGAAUACCGGUGCAUUGACAACAACAACAACAGCCCUGCUGCUCCCAAGAUUUAUGUAUCUCAUUAAAAAUGUCAGAGGACUCCUUAUAUAAUGCAGUCUCUGCGUUUGUACCCCCGGAAGCAAUUAACGCAGAUGAUCAGGAGUCUCUGUUGGGGGAGAAAAGGAUAAACCGGUAUUAUGUUCAUAAGCCUGUGGACCAUUAUAACUGCACAUAUAUUAUAUUCUUUAUGUUGGGGGUGGGUUCUGCACUUCCUUGGAACUUUAUUUGCACUGCAAAACACUAUUGGAUAUACAAGUUUAGGAACUGUUCAGACACACCGAUAAUAGAACAAGAUGGAGCCUCUGACUUAAGUGACUACUUUGAAAGUUAUUUUUCCAUUGCCUCAGCAGUACCAGCGGUACCAUGUCUUGUACUGAAUUUCUUUCUCGUCAACAGGGUUUCCUCAAAAGUCCGGGUACUGUCCUCAUUAGUAGUGAUGCUGCUUAUUUUCAUACUGAUCACGAUGCUGGUGAAAGUCGACACAUCCUCCUGGACACAGGAAUUCUUCACUAUAACUUUGGUGUCUAUAGCUAUUCUGUCUGGAGCGGCAAACAUACUCACUGCCAGUGUGUUUGGCAUCACAGGGUGCUUCCCAAUGAAACACUCUCAGUCUUUAAUAUCAGGUCAGGCAAUGGGUGGCACAAUUAGUGCAUUGGCAGCCAUAGCAGACCUUUCAGUAGCAUCUAACGUCACAGUCAGCGCAUUUGCUUAUUUUCUCACCGCAGAUGGUUUUAUUCUCAUAUGUAUUAUUGUGUACCUGAUUCUUCCCAAAAUGGAAUACUCUAGUUACUAUAUGAAUAUUGCUGAACGAAUACCUAACGUUUUACCUGAGAGUACUACCCAAGCAGAUGAUGUUUCCAUAUCCACAUCAAACAAGAACUCUCCUCCAAUAUUUCCAAUCCUUCAGAAGGUUUCAGUGCUUGCUGCAUGUUUGUUUUAUACAUUUUUUAUAAGCAUUAUUAUUUUUCCAGCUAUAUCUGCUGGCAUUGAAUCUGUGGACAAAAGUUCAGGUAGUGUCUGGACCAAUAAAUUGUUCACCCCACUAACAUGCUUCCUUGUAUAUAACUUUGCUGAUUGGAGUGGACGGCAGAUCACAACAUGGAUUCAGAUCCCUGGACCAAAAAGCAAGCUAUUGCCUAUGCUUGUUUUGCUCAGAAGCAUAUUUAUCCCCCUGUUUAUGUUCUGUAAUUAUCAGCCUCGAAAACACAUUUACACUGUACUCUUUCAAAGUGAUGUCUAUCCUGUUGUGUUCAUCGCACUUCUUGGUCUAAGCAAUGGUUACCUCGGAACAUUAGCGAUGGUGUACGGUCCCAAAAUAGUUCCAAAGGAGCUGUCCGAGGGCACGGCCAUUAUGAUGUCCUUUUUUUUAAGUGUAGGUUUGGCUGUAGGAUCAGCUUUUUCUACACUAGUUCAUUUAAUAUAAACUAUUGAUAGUGGAAUGCCUCACAUUUCUUCUUUAGAAGGAUCAACUAUACCUUCAGAUGACAAACAUACAUAUUCUCUCUCCUAAGACUUGAAGCUUAACCAGCACUAGAUUUAAUUUAAGCAGGACAUUAGAAAUGAUCAGUGCAUUCCCAUUUGGAAAAAAAUGAAAUACUGUUUUAUUUUUUAUUUAAAAUGUUUUAAUCUUUUUUUUUAUUUUGUAUGUAUGUCAUUGUUUAAAACCUGUACAUUGCAUCAUGUUGCUUCAUGAGUCUCUUAUAGAUUUGUGUAAAACCUGUAAUGUCACCAAUGAUUUGUAUGAUUGCUCUGCUCACAGCACCAGAUCAUAUGUUGAAGUUUUACAAAGAAGCCCAUAAUGCUGAAAUGUAGUAUAUGUGUUUCAACGUUUUAGACCUUUUUCUGCAUGGAAAUAAAAUGUCUUCUGACCUAUUCAUUAAUA